AUGCUGGGUGUGGUGUGGGGAGGGGAAGACAAACUGCAACGGUUCCCGAAGGCUGGCAAUAGAGGCCGGGAAGGUUGGAAACAAGCAUUUACCGCAAUUGAAAUCAGAAUCGACAUCAUAAAUACAAGUGAUGUAACCAAUAAGAACUCUUUACAAAAUAACAAUAAUAAUGGCCUAAACAGGAAGCGAUUGAAAGUUCACCGCGCGGCCUCAAGCGUCCAAAAACUUGAACAAAGCUCUUUGAAACCUUUAAAUAUGCGAUGA